AUGGAAAAGGCAGUCUUUGAACUAAACGAAAAGCUGAAGCAUCCAAGUGAUAUUGAGCACAAAAUAGACUCAAUUCUUACCAGAUGUCGCAGCGAGAACACCAAGCAACUCGAAAAGAAGCGCACUGGCUAUUUAUCUGAGAUCAACACCAUUAGAAAUAGCUUUACAAAUCUGAAAGAUGUUCAAAAAGCAGUAAAUGAUCUGUGCGAAUAUAAGAAACAGUGCGAGAAGAUGCUUCAGAGCAAUAAAUAUGCCAUCAAUGAAUACAAGACCAUUACACAAAUAGCAUUUGCCCAUCAAAACUUUAGUAGGGCGAAAUGUUUCCUUGAAAAGCUAAGCAGCGAGGAUGAAGAUAUCAAUGACGAGAAUCUGGAGGAGUAUGCAAAUAUGGUAUAUGAGAAGGACGAGUUUGCUUGUGACUUAAAGCAGUAUAGCUACGAUCUUAACAAUGAUGAAGCUAAAAUAGUAAACAGGAAGAUCGAUCAAAUUAAAAGAUUAAGCCUUGAGCUGACCUCGACUAUAUUGCAAAUAGCAACCGAGUUCUGUGAUAAUGCUGAUCUUGUUGGCGCUAUUGACAGAAUUAUUAUGAAGGAGGAAAAGAGAGAUUCGGUAGUACGGAAGGUCAAGGAGGGCGAGACAAGCGAAGAUCCGAUACUCAAGCAGUACUAUCUUGAGCACACAAGAUACAUCAAUUUUGAACCUAAAAAUUUCCAGGAUAGGUUUGCCAGUGGUCUUAAGUCUGGGAUUAAAAGUAAAUUUGAAAAACUAAAAGGCGAAAAGGAUUUCCUGGCAAGGCUGGGAUUUAUUUUUGAUGAUUUGAGAAAGGUUAAAGAAAGAAAUAUGUCAUUUUUUACUUUCGAUGAUUUUCUUUGUGAAUAUCACAGCGCACUGAAAAAGUUUUUUGACCAAAAACUCAACGAUAUGGAGCCUGAGGAUAUUCUUGGCUUAAUUGAGUUUAAGUCGUACUACUAUGCAACCAUUCAAAACGAAUUUUCAAGAAUACCAGAGUCAAUUGGGCCAAGACUUAUCGAGAAUGAGUCUGAGCUGCUCCAGAAAUACUCAGAAGUAGCAUCUUCUAAGCUGAAGGGAUGGAUUGAUAACAUUUCAACCAUCGAAAUUCAGAAGUUCAUGUCAAGAGACCCUGAAAUCAAUAGGGAUGAGCAAGGAAAGCCGGUGUCUUCUGGAUUUAUUAACCUUCUUCAGAUAAUUAGGGCUCAGCUUGAGCCUAUUUCAUUUAACAAGAGAAUCUUUCUUUUCCUUACUGGCGUUAUCAAAGAAAAAUGCACGGCAUUCAAAGAAAAUAUAUAUAUGGCUCUCCAAGCAGAGCUAAAGAAUGUCUACGAGGGUAAGGGAUUGCAUGGAUUUGAGGAUUAUUGCAUAAUGUUUGGCAACUCAGGCCUAAGGUUGACGCAGUACAUAUCAACUCUUUCGUUCUUCCAAAGUGAUGAAGUCCGCGAGCUUCAGCAAAUUUUUCUGGGGAUUCUCAAAAACUCAAAUGUUGUCCUGUGCGAGUAUAUUAUUUUCACUUGCAAGCCCGCACUUUCAAAUAUACUCACUGAUGAGUGGCAGAGAAAAGAGCUGAGACAGGUCUUCAUUGUAACGCUUGAUGAUUUUCUUCAGGAUUAUCAGAAAAUGAUGAGCGAUUACAUGUUUACAACACUAAUUUGCGAGCUUUGUACAAAAAUAUAUGAUGUUUAUAAAAAAGCCCUGAGGUCCAGUAAGAUCCCACUAACUUAUAAAAUCUCCGAAUCUAUCAAAAAUGACGUUGAAAAGCUAUCUGAGCUAUUCAAAAAAUAUGUAAAUGAAGAUGAUUUCAAAGACUACGUUUCUCUCAGUCUUAAGUUCUGUCCGUUGAUUGAAGCUGUGAGUGGGGAAUUGUUUAUAGUUGAGGUUAAAUCCCUGAUACUCUCUGACCCUGAAAUAUCAGCAUCGUUUAUUGAAAACCUCUUGACCAGAAAAACAGACAUCGAUGAAAAUGAAAAGAACAUUGCCACUUCGGCAUUGCCCGGGCUGUUUUCUAGUAAAAAGCCCAAGAGAAAGACAAUGGUUUCCAAACUGUUGAAUAAAUGA